AUGUCCUCGACGGAGAGCUCGGGCCGCACCGCGGACAAGUCGCCGAGGCAGCAGGUGGACCGCCUGCUCUUGGGACUGCGCUGGCGGCGGCUGGAGGAGCCGCUGGGCUUCAUCAAAGUUCUCCAGUGGCUUUUUGCUAUUUUCGCCUUCGGGUCCUGCGGCUCCUACAGCGGGGAGACAGGAGCAAUGGUCCGCUGCAACAACGAAGCCAAGGACGUGAGCUUCAUCAUUGUUUCAUUCGGCUAUCCCUUCAGGUUGAACCGGGUCCAGUAUGAGAUGCCCCUCUGUGAUGAUGACUCCACCUCCAAGACCAUGCACCUUAUGGGAGACUUUUCUGCCCCUGCUGAGUUCUUUGUAACCCUUGGCAUCUUUUCCUUCUUCUACACCAUGGCUGCACUCAUCCUCUACCUGCGCUUCCACAACCUCUACACAGAGAACAAGCGCUUCCCACUGGUGGACUUCUGUGUGACUGUCUCCUUCACCUUCUUCUGGCUGGUAGCUGCAGCUGCCUGGGGCAAGGGCCUGACCGACGUCAAGGGGGCCACCCGGCCAUCCAGCCUGACUGCAGCUAUGUCUGUGUGCCACGGAGAGGAGGCUGUGUGCAGUGCCGGAGCCACACCCUCCAUGGGCCUGGCCAACAUCUCUGUGCUCUUCGGCUUUAUCAGCUUCUUCCUGUGGGCCGGGAACUGUUGGUUUGUGUUCAAGGAGACGCCAUGGCAUGGGCAGAGCCAGGACCAGGGCCAGGGCCCCAGCCAGGAGAGUGCAGCUGAGCAGGGAACAGUGGAGAAGCAGUAAGCAGCCUACGCCUAGCUACUCCCGAACUGGACAGCACCUCUUCAACCACCUUCGGCUUCCAGGACCUUCCUCUGCCUUCUCCCUGAACUCCCCUUCCCCAUCAUUCUAGGCUUUUGAGUUUUGAGAUGAUGGAUGGACAAGCAACAGCUGUUGGAAACCCAGGCAGCCCUUCUGGUGGUUUUCUGUCCUUUGUUUUUCUGGAGUCCUGGAUGGCAGGAGCUCAGUGCUUCUUGCCUAUUGCCUGGACCCAAACAAAUUUACUUGGGUUCUUACUCAUAUCCUCACAGCCUCUGAGAACAAGCUUCUGCUGCAGGUGAGGGUUGGGGGCAGGAGACCAGAGACCUGAGAUUGAUUCCUGGCAGCUCCCUUUCUCUCAACCUGUCCAGCUUCAAUAAAAGGGAGGAGAAAUUGGCUGGCAGCCUUCUCCCUAGUCCCAUGCAUGGAGGGUUCAACAAUUGUUUGGUGACCUCCUUAACAGUUGUCAUCCAG